AAGGCAAAGUUGUAAAAUAAGCUUAUCACAAUUGAAGUGAAUUAUGGGAAAGCUUAUGCUAUGCGUGUUGUCUCUGGUGUGUGGACUAGCUUCGGCCUGGGCUCAAGGUGCCACAGUCACGGCUACUUAUAAUUUAUAUCAACCUGAGCAGCAUAAUUGGGACUUGCUCGCGGUGAGCGCAUUUUGCGCCACGUGGGACGCAAACCAGCCAUUGUCAUGGCGCAGCAAAUAUGGCUGGACAGCCUUCUGUGGGCCCACUGGACCUCAGGCCCAAGCUGCAUGCGGCAAGUGCUUGAGGGUGAGCAACACUCGAACAGGAGAUGAGGAAACAGUGAGAAUUGUGGAUCAGUGCAGCAAUGGGGGUUUGGACAUGGAUGUUAGUGUGUUCCAAAGACUGGACUCAGACAGAAGUGGGAAUGCUCAAGGUCAUCUCAUCGUCCACUAUGAAUUUGUGGACUGUGGUGACUAAACUUGUUCUCUUUCAAUUAUGGUUCUAGUUAAUGUUAGUUAGCUAGUUACUAAUAAUUCCAUUAAACUGGAAGGAAGAACGCUUCUGAUAUUUGUUGUUUUAUUUCAUUUCAUUUUUCAUAAUAAAAGUCUUAUCAUGUGUUUCCUU